AUGUCGAUAUCACCACCUUUCCUGUGGACCGGAUUCCUCCAAGGGACCAUUCAAUGCUGCCAGGGACGUACCUGCAAGAAGAGUGAGAUCAAGACGAAGGUCAGCCAGACUGUCGCUCUCAACUAUAUUCCUGAAGGCAAGAGGGGAAGUAUGAUGGCGAGCACGCCUGCCGGGCACCCGCUCUCACCGUCGCAGCGCUCGACUGCGCUGCCUCUGUCGACCGAUACAGCACGGUCAGGUCCUCGAGCAGCCAGGACCUGGCUGCCUUCUCGAAAUCGAGACCCACAGCCAGCUCUGGUUUUGGCCGACGACGCCUUCCAGUGUCGCUCGGCCGAGGAUAUUCAGUUGAAUUUCCUCUCAGCAGAGCACUCACGACCACACUCUCAGACUCCCGCGGCAGGUCCAGCCAACCAAGUGAGGACGGCAGCAGACUUGGAGUGGCACGCAGGCAAGGCCCAGAGGUACCCCGCACCAGCACAAACGCAGCAGCAUCGCCACGCACAUCAGAGACGCAGCACACAUCACGCACACGCAGACGCCGCAAUCACCGACAUCCGCCAGGCACUAGGACGCAUCCGACCCAGUAUAGACGAGAUUAUGCUCCCUUAUCAGCAAGGCCGAUAUCGCCUACCCGUGCAGCCAUCAUUCUGCAACCUCUAUACAAUACUCCCACGCUCUCAGCCACUCAUUGGCGACGGCGGGCCGCAUGUAGUGCAAGGAGUUCCGUCCAACGAGACGACUCGAGUCACUGGCUCGCGUCUCCGGAGUCAAGCGCCGUUCUUCCCAUCGCCACACUCUGUGCCACGCAUCGAUUUCUCCACCAACAUAAUCAUCCGCAGUCGCCCCUGUCUGCUCACCGACUUCGACGAUCGACAGACACAGUGUAUGAAGCUCAACGUUGCUAACCCGGCCACGGGUGCCCAGAAGUCUUUCGACAUCCAGGAUGAGCGCCUCGUUCGCUGCUUCUACGAGAAGCGCAUGUCGCAGGACGUCGAGGUCGACUCGCUCGGCGAUGAGUGGAAGGGCUACGUCCUCCGCAUCGGCGGUGGUAACGACAAGCAGGGUUUCCCCAUGAAGCAGGGUGUCCUCCUCCCCAACCGUGUGCGUCUCCUCCUCUCCAAGGGUGACUCGUGCUACCGCCCCCGCCGCACCGGUGAGCGUAAGCGCAAGUCGGUCCGUGGCUGCAUCGUCGGCCCCGAUAUCCAGGCCCUCCACCUCAUUGUCGUCAAGCAGGGCGACAACGAGAUCCCCGGCCUCACCGACGCCGACUCCACCGUCCCCAAGCGCCUUGGUCCCAAGCGUGCCAACCACAUCCGCAAGUUCUUCAACCUCUCCAAGGAGGACGACGUCCGCCAGUUCGUCGUUCGCCGCGAGGUCGUCUCGAAGAAGGAGGGUGCCAAGCCUUACACCAAGGCCCCCAAGAUCCAGCGUCUCGUGACCGCCUCGCGUCUCCAGCGCAAGCGUCACCAGCGCUCGCUCAAGAUCCGCAAGGCUGAGGCUCAGAACAUCCAGAAGAAGGAGUACGAGCAGCUCCUUGCCAAGCGCGUCGCCGAGAAGAAGACCGAGGUUGCCGCCCACAAGGCUGCCCGCAAGGCCUCCCGCAAGACCCAGGCUUAA